UAUAUAUAUAAGUUAAAUAUAACAUGUAUAAAUGUAAAAAUGAUUGGAAAUCUUGCAUUAUACAGCAUGAUAGUGGAUCAGAAAGUGCACCUUUACUUUCUUCAGGAUCUCACACUAGUGCAGAACAUGUUAUAUUUCAAGAUUCUGAAACUAGUGAUUUAGACUAUACUCCUAAAAAUAGUUUCUUCAAGUAUGGUAGUUUAGAAACCUGUAGUCUACAUUCUAACAUUACCAUAGUACCUAAAAGACCACCACCUCUUAAUGAAGACCAUAGUUUAAUUACACCUUUAGUACUCAAUGCUUCUUCCUCAUUAAAUGUAACACAAGACAAAUGUUAUGAAAUCCAUAAUACUGAUCUGGAAACUAUAGAAACUACAUGCAAGGAUAUUAAAUCAAAACAAAGCUCAUUAGUCACAAUAUUUUCUAUAUGGAACACAAUAUUAGGUUCCUCUUUAUUAACAAUACCAUGGGGUAUUCAAAUGGCUGGUUUUUUUCCUGGUAUCAUUCUAAUACUUGUGAUGAGCGGUUUAUGUCUGUAUACUGCUUACUGUCUUCUACUUGUACAUAAAUAUUAUGGUGGAAAGAAAGGUAUAGAAGUAAUCGAAUUAUGUCGGAUAUAUCUUAACAAAUGGGUAGAAUAUGUUGCUAAAACUUUUAGCAUUACAGUUUUGUUGGGUGCAACUAUAGCUUAUUGGAUUCUAAUGUCCAACUUCUUAUAUAAUUCUGUAAAUUUCACAUAUGAUAGUAUAGUUAAAAUAUCUCAAUAUUCUAAGAAUGAUAACACUUCUUAUUCAUCAGAAGUACUGUGUUCAAAAAAAGUAAUUCAUAAUAGUACAAACUUAGUAAUUCAUGAUUAUACAUAUAAUACUUUGGGACCAAUUUGGGAUUUGUAUAAAACAGUUCCCAUUUUUCUUGGUUUAUUAAUAUUUCCAUUCUUAAAUUUUAAUAGUCCCACUUUCUUUACAAAAUUUAAUUCUCUUGGAACCAUGUCAGUGAUAUAUUUGAUUGUCUUUAUUUUGGUUAAAUCAUUUUCAUGGGGUAUUAAUAUGAAUGAAACAGAAUGGGAAAGAAGUUGGACAUUGAAGUUCUCAUUCCCUGCCCUCUCUGGAAUGUUGGCAUUAUCAUUUUUCAUUCACAAUAUUAUAAUUACUAUAAUACAGAACAAUCAUGAUCAAAGUAAAAAUGGAAGAGAUCUUUCAGUAGCUUAUGUCCUUGUUACUUUAACUUACAUUGUAGUAGGUGUAGUAUUUUAUGUAUGUUUUCCACUGAGUAAAUCAUGUAUUGAAGAUAACUUGUUAAAUAACUUUCAAAAAUGGAGUGGUUUGACAGUAGGUGCUCGAAUUGUUCUUCUUUUUCAAUUACUAACUGUUUAUCCAUUACUUGCAUAUAUGAUGCGUGUUCAGUUACUUACAUCAAUAUGUAAAACAUUUGAUACAGGAUGUGUUAUUAUAGUUAAUGUUAUUUUGGUAUCUAUAUGUAUUUUGUUUGCAGUGUUUGUGCCCUAUAUUGGUACAAUAAUACGAUAUACAGGUGCCUUGAGCGGUUUUAUUUAUGUCUUCACCUUACCAAGUUUACUAUACUUGGUAAUUUUGAAACAACAAAAGAAAUUAACAAUAUUUUCUACACUUUUGCAUAUAAGUAUUCCAAUAUUUGGAUUUUUAAAUUUGUUAGCUCAAUUUUUUAUUACAGAAUGUUAAAUAUGUACAA